CGAGGCCUAGUGAGGCCUGCUAGGCCUCGUUGCCAUGGCAACUCCCCCCAUUUUCCCUCCUCAGCUGCCUUUGAGGGCUGAAAAUGGGGUGCAACAAGGAAGAGAAAGCUUGGUUUCCCUUCUCCUUCAAUUUAUUUAUCACAAAUAGGAAAGAAAAAUGACUUGUUGGGACCUUUCCCCUUGUUGCUCUUUCAGAGAAAAAUGAUUUCUAAACCAAGCGUCUCCUGUUUCCUCAUCCGACCGUUUCCAUGCAUCUUUGGUUCUUAUGAAGAAAUGACGACUCAGUACAGUAUUCUCUUCAAGCAAGAACAAGCACACGAUGACGCCAUUUGGUCAGUUGCUUGGGGAAGAAAUAGAAACGACGGCUCGGAGACUGUUAUCUCCGGCUCCCUGGAUGACCUCGUGAAAGUCUGGAAGUGGAACGACGAAAAGUUAGACCUCAAGUGGACUCUGGAAGGCCAUCAGCUGGGUGUGGUUUCAGUGGACAUUAGCCACUCCGGAACCGUUGCAGCGUCCAGUUCUUUAGAUGCUCACAUCCGUAUCUGGGACUUAGAUACAGGCAAACAGAUCAAGUCCAUAGACGCUGGACCAGUGGAUGCCUGGUCACUGGCUUUUUCACCCGAUUCCCAGUACGUUGCAACAGGCAGUCACAUUGGGAAAGUCAACAUUUUUGGUGUCGAGACUGGAAAAAAAGAAUAUUCCUUGGACACCAGAGGCAAAUUCAUCUUGAGUAUUGCAUAUAGCCCAGAUGGAAAAUAUUUAGCCAGCGGAGCUAUAGAUGGCAUUAUCAAUAUUUUUGAUAUUGCAACCGGAAAACUUCUGCAUACGUUGGAAGGCCAUGCUAUGCCUAUCCGUUCCUUAACAUUUUCCCCUGACUCUCAGUUGCUGGUCACUGCUUCUGAUGAUGGCUAUAUCAAGAUUUAUGAUGUACAACAUGCAAACUUGGCAGGCACCCUGAGCGGCCAUGCGUCCUGGGUAUUAAAUGUCGCUUUCUGUCCUGACGACACCCACUUUGUUUCCAGUUCAUCAGACAAAACCGUCAAAGUGUGGGACGUGCCUUCAAGAACCUGCGUUCAUACCUUCUUUGAUCAUCAGGACCAGGUCUGGGGAGUGCAGUACAAUGGAAAUGGUUCAAAAAUAGUCUCUGUUGGCGAUGACCAAGAAAUCCAUAUUUAUGACUGUCCAAUUUAAUAGUUCUUUGAUUAUUGUGGAUUGCUGGAAGACUGUAUGUAUGUAGCAUGUUAACAAGUGUCCUGGUAAUUCAGGGUUUCUUUUGUGUGCGCAAAACAUUUAGAUUUUGAAAAGUAACAUUUUAAUCAAAUACAAUAGGAACUGUGCUGUUUAUGUAUGUUUAAAAUUACAAAUACUGUCAGGAUGCAAUAAAAACAUUUCCAUUAAAAUAUGCUGUCUGUGAGAA